GGAGAAUCAUUAUGACUUUUUUUUACAGUUUGCAGCAUGAAGAGACCUGAUAAUAUCCCCAUGGAAGUGUAAAACAUUGUUAAAAGCCAGAGGUUUCAGCAGCACUGCCUCCAGUGUGGUCAUUGCAGUAAGGACGCUUUCAAAGAAAUCGUAAUUCUGUUUUAACUUGGAUUGCAGAAAGUAAUCAGAGAUCUUACAUUUUCUGUGUAGGGUCAACAUACUCUUCAAUAUGACAACUAAGCACAUGCCUUUAUCUCAAGAAACCUUAGCUAAAUUCAAUCAAACUCUGACUGAAGAUGGUUUGGAACCACGGCCUCGUGCAACCUCUAUUUCUACCCGUAGAAGUUCUCAGACAAUGGAUAUUCACGCUGGCAAACAUUAUCCACAUUUGAAGAAUGCAGAAGGAAGAGCACAUAUGUCGUCCAGAAAGAGCUCCGUUAUAAGCAAUGUGAAUAUACCAUUUUCUCGUAAAGGCUCUUUGCUGCUGGGCAAAAGGCACUCCAUGAGCUGGAUGACCUCUGGUCAAGUCAGUUUCUCUGGACUGCCUCUGUACCAACCUAUCAGAGAAGUAAGCUACGAAAACACAUACAAAGUUCAACCAGAUGAAGGCUGCAAGUUUAAUGCCACCAAAGUCCAAAAGAUCUUGGAGGCCAUUCUUCCAAGCUACCUGGCUGACAAUAAAUACAAUCCUGUAACAUCUGUGCAGCUGGUGCAGAGUUUAACAGACCACAUCAGAUUGAAGGUGAAGGAUAUCAAUGCCCCUAGAUAUAAGCUGGUAUGCAAUGUGGUGCUGGGCCAACUCAAUGACCAGGGAAUGCAAAUUGUCAGUCGUUGUCUGUGGGAUACAUCGACUGACAAUUAUGCGACAGCCACUUUCAAAAACUCCUCACUUUUUGCUGUUGCAACUGUAUAUGGCUUAUACUUUGAAUAACUAAUUUAUCUGAAUGUACAAUCAUGCCUAAAAGAAUAUUUACAGAGUGAUUUACUCAGUCAGAUAAAACAUAAUCCUAUAGCUGAAAAUCAGUAUUUAAUUUUUAAUUUAAUUAUUUCCAUAUUAAAUAUUACUUAUGAUAGUUGCUUUGUUAUGCAGAAAUCACUAGAAGAGGACAGUCAUGUAGAGGCUCCAUUUGACAGAUGAUAUAUACAACACUAUUAGAACUCACCCAUUACUCAACACUUCCCCUGAAGAAACAAAGGUGGAAGAUUUAGAAGAGAACUUAUCCUACAUAUCUUGAGUUGUUUCCAAGCCCAAGAAUGACAAUGAGGUAAACCUGAAAACAAAUUGCCAAAUCCUUCCUUGGACGGAAAAUGUUUAGUUAUCGAGGGAGGGGCGACUUAGUUGGUGCAUAGGCACCUGUGCAUAAUUCCUUGCAACUUAAUUCGUAUUUUAUCAUUUGCUCAUGACAAUCAAAUUCUUAGACGCACUAGACGCUAUGGCCAAAAAUUAAUUCAGUUUUUGUUAAAAGCCAAAGAAACAAGCAAGUAACCUUAUUUUGACAUUUACAAAAUCAAGAUACAAUUAUCAAUCACUAGAAAAUAGUCACUGGCUUAAGGUAACUUUUUCUCCAUUUUCUCAUUUCUUGCAAUAGAUUAAUCUUUUGAUAGGUUAUUUUUGGCACUUUCAUUUAGGUUGACAUAAUGGAAGCCUAACUUUCCAGCCUUGCUGCUCUCUUUGCCAACAUACUGCUUAUUUUCCCGAAGCAUUUUAAUGGAGGAGUUCCACCAUACAAUCUCCCAGUUAACUUACAGAUGCUUUGCCUUCUAAUUUUCAGUAUCUUUGCUUACACGUGAUGAUAAGCAAAAUACCAAGGGUGAGUGAUUGAUAUAAAUAUUUAGUCCCAAACACUAGAAAUGUUCAUAUUUUGCUAAAUGUACCUGUAAGUCUACUAAAUGCUAGACUAGACUUCAAUAGUGAAAUUAUGAGGAAAGGGCACAAACUAGUUAGUAGUUGCUAGAAUUUAAAAAAAAAGCUUAUGGUGACAUUUGGUUGAAGUAUGCAAAAUUUUAAGGGGGUCUGAUUGGGAGAUGGAUAGUCAAAAACUAUUUCUACUGGUUAGGAAGUGUUGAACUGAGGAGCACGUAAUGAAAUAUGUUCAUCCAUCAACUCAUGCAAUCCAAUAAGUAGCCUUAAGGAUUGGUGGGAUUUGACUUUAGAUCUUUUAAUUAUUAUACCUAUAUUUUAAUUACAUAAUAUACAUUUAGUGUAUAGAGAAAGUUUGGUUCCAGAAUUUAAUGAUUAAUAAUAAAGAAAGAAUUAGAGAUUGCAUGACGAUGGUGUAUAAACAAACAUAUCUACUGUGUUUACUGAUGCUGUGUUAAUAAAGGGUUUUUUUC